AUGUACAAACCGCGACCCGACUUCAAACAGGUCGAGGCUACUCGACCGGAUUUUCGUCAGGAUGCUGAAGUCACCAUCACAAAGACCCCGAAUCCUGCUUGGAAAGAGGGCGAUGGUGCCAAUGAUGGCGGCGAAAGUCUGAAGAAGGAGCACGUGGAGAUUGAUCCCUUCGCCGAAGGCCGCUCGGUCGCAUCAAACUACAAGCUUCUCAUUUCCAGCAUCGUGCCUCGACCGAUUGCCCUGGUCAGCACACAAUCUGCAGAUGGGUCAACAACCAAUCUCGCACCGUUCAGCUACUCGCAGGUCGUCUGUCAUGACCCGCCCACUUUCAUUGUAGGCUUCGCCGGGGGUCUCGGUAGUGCCAAAGAUACUCUGCGCAACCUGCACGAGACCGGGGAGUGUGUGAUCAAUAUCAUCUCAGAGCACUUUGUCGAAGCUGCCAACUCAACUGCCAUCAACACCCCGUACGGCGUUUCUGAGUGGAAGACUUCCGGUCUUACCCCAGCCCCUACCGCUAUUGUCAAACCGGCGCGUGUGAAGGAGUCGAUCUUUGCUAUUGAGGCCAAACUUGUUGAUACCAAGGAGUUUGAGAGCCGCGCAACUCCUGGCAAGAAGACUGGUGCUAUGAUUACCGUCGAGGGAGUUCGGUUCUGGGCGCGUGAGGAUGCCAUUGACGAUGACCGGUCUGCUAUUGACUUGAAAGUUCUGAAGCCUAUCAGUCGAUUGGGUGGCAUCACUUAUGGCCGCACUACUGAAGCCUUUGAGAUUCCUCGUCCCGCUAUUUGA